CGCGGUCCGACUUCGAUCAAACAACUAUUCAACUGUUACGAAAAUGGCGGAUGACGCGAAGUGCUAACGUGCUAAUUCCCCGACUCCUCGAACUCCGACCUCCGUAAAGCCUGGAGUUUUUAGCUCCGGGCGAGCAAGGAGAUCGGCCGUAGGCAUCGCGUCGUCUCGUUGCGUCGGGUCGACUUGUAGCCGGAGGCGGGAGCCAGGGAGCGAGUCGAGGACCGACAAAGAGGAGGGACAAAGACGGAGAGACGACGAGGAUUAUGAGGUGAAAAUUUUCAUCGGCUAAGGGCGGCGGCACCGAAUCUGAAUCUGGAAGUUCAGGUGGGUAGGCAUGUGGAUAGAAUAUUAUCGGUAAACCCUCGGCAAGAAGAGGAUCGGGGACCACCUUAUCUUCCUUGGACCUUGGAGGAGGCGGGGGGGGAACGCGACAACAAACGGAGCCCACGUCCGCAGGGAGAGGAGAUCGUGGAACGUCGUCUCGCCCGUACAUAUGGGUACGAAAGGCAUCAUCGACGGAUCACCACCACGAACGUUUUCUCGUCCCGUCGAACGGCCCUGCCUGCCUGCCUGCCUGCCUGCCUGCCUGCUCGGGAGCGAGGCAACGAGCGUAAAACCGAAGGGAACGGGCUGAAAAAUUCUCGCAAGGCUUUAGUGCUGUGAAGAUGUGCGGGACGAUGUGGAAGACGGUGUUCCUCGUUGCCGCGGUUUUUUCCAAAUCACUAUUAUCAGUUCUCGCCAACCCCGAACCCUCCGACGAACAUUUUUGGAACAUACCGAAAAUUCGAGAAGACGACAAGUGCUACGACGACUCCGGAAAACCCCAGAGAUGCAUUCCUUCGUUUUUGAACGCUGCUUUCGACGUGCCCAUGGAGGCGACCAACACCUGCGGGGAGGGUGGCAUCCCGAUAGAAUACUGCAAGCAGACCGGCGUUCAACAAAAGUCUUGCGAUUAUUGCCGAGAGGGUGAUCAUCCCGCGUCAUUUUUGACGGAUCACGAUAACAACGACAACGCUACUUGGUGGCAGUCCGAAACUAUGUACGAAAGUAUUCAGUAUCCGAAUCAGGUCAAUCUGACGCUUCACCUCGGCAAGACCUACGACAUCACCUACGUUCGGGUACUUUUCGAUUCGCCGCGACCGGAAAGUUGGGGUAUAUACAAGCGGAAGAACGAGCACUCGCCGUGGCAGCCUUACCAGUUUUACUCGGCCACGUGCCGCGACACUUACGGACUGCCGGAUUUCAAGGAGACCGUGCGCGGCGACGACACCAGGGUUCUAUGCACCUCCGAAUACUCCGACAUAUCGCCGCUCACCAAGGGAAACGUCGCCUUCUCCACCCUCGAGGGAAGACCCUCCGCCUUCUUCUUCGAAGCUAAUCCCGAACUCCAGGAAUGGGUGCAAGCCACGGACUUGAGGAUCACCUUGGACCGUCUGAACACCUUCGGCGACGAUCUCUUCGGUGACGAUCAAGUGCUGAAAUCCUACUAUUACGCCAUAGCCGACGUAGCGGUGGGCGCUCGUUGCACCUGCAACGGACACGCCGGAGAGUGCGUACCGAGCACAGGAGUCGACGGAUCGAAUCGUCGCGUCUGCAGAUGCGAACACAACACCGCCGGACCGGACUGCAACGAGUGUCUGCCGUUUUACAACGACGCUCCUUGGGGACGAGCCACGACGACGAACGCCAACGAAUGCAAACCGUGCAACUGCAACGGAUAUUCGGACAAAUGUUACUUCGACAACGAGUUGUACAAGGCUACGGGACACGGGGGUCACUGUCAGGACUGCGCGGCUUACCGUGCCGGCGCCAAUUGCGAGAGGUGUCGUGAAAAUUUUUACGAAAGACCUCAGGACGGAUACUGCAUACCCUGCGAGUGCCACGAAAUCGGUUCGAGGAGCCUGCAGUGCAACAGCGAAGGGAAAUGCCAGUGCAAGCCCGGCGUUACCGGCGAGAAAUGCGACCGCUGCGCUGCCAAUUUUUACAACUUCGGACCGUUCGGAUGCACGUCGUGCGAGUGCAACGUGGCCGGUUCGGCCGGCAACGUCCCCAAUUGCGAUCCGAUCACCGGGGACUGUCAGUGCAAGGAGAACGUCGAGGGUAGACGCUGCCGAGAGUGUCGACCGGGAUUCUUCAAUCUCGCCUUCGGUAACGAGUUCGGGUGCACACCGUGCUUCUGCUACGGUCACUCGUCGGUGUGCGAGACCGAGUUGGGUUACUCCAAGGUCGUCGUGGAGAGCAUGUUCGCCAGGGGCACGGAACGCUGGACCGCCGAGGUCGCCGGCAACCACAUACCACUGAGUUACGAUUCCCUGACCCAAGCGAUAACCGUCAACGCACCGGAUCGUGACAACGUCUACUUCGUCGCUCCCGACAGAUUUUUGGGCGACCAACGCGCCUCGUACAACCAAGAUCUGUCCUUCAAAUUGAGACUCGGGGAGAGAGGUGCCGCCCCUACGGUUCGCGACGUCAUCCUGGAAGGACGAAACAGAGAGCAAAUCACGCAACCCAUAUUCGGACAAGCCAAUCCAUCACCUUCGACGGAGACGGCGGAGUUCAAGUUCAGGUUGCACGAGCACCCCGAUUACGGCUGGCAGCCGAGACUCUCCUCGAGAGAUUUCAUGUCCAUUCUGUCCAAUUUAACGGCUAUAAAAAUCCGCGGGACUUACACCCAUAAAGGGAGAGGGUAUCUGGACGACGUUAUGUUGGAAACGGCGCAUCGUGGAGCAGCCGGUGAGCCAGCUGACUGGGUAGAGCACUGCACGUGUCCCCAUGGCUACGUGGGUCAAUUUUGCGAAUCUUGCAGACCCGGUUUCCAUCACGAGCCCCCGAACGGCGGUCCUUUCGCCCAAUGUGUGCCUUGCAACUGUAACGGUCAUGCCGAAAUCUGCCAAGCCGAAACUGGCCAGUGCAUCUGUCAGCAUCACACCGCCGGAGAUAACUGUCAGCACUGUAAACGUGGAUAUUACGGAUGGCCGCUAAGGGGAACCCCGAAUGACUGCAAGCCCUGCCCUUGCCCGGACCAAGGUCAUUGCAUUCUCCUCGGAAACAAUCCUGACCCAAUCUGCACGGAAUGUCCCUUGGGGCGAACAGGUCCUAGGUGUGAAACUUGCUCCGAUGGAUUCUACGGUGACCCAGAAAACAACAGGCCUUGCAGGCCUUGCGAGUGCAAUAACAAUAUCGAUUUGAACGCGGUGCGAAACUGCAAUCCGUUGACGGGCGAGUGCUUGAAGUGCGUGAACAACACAGCUGGUGCCCACUGCGAAGAGUGUCUAGCAGGCUAUUACGGAGACGCAUUGUCUGACGUAAAGGAAGAUGGCUGUAAAUUAUGCCAGUGCUAUGGCCCCGGUACACAGGAACUCGAAGACGGUGGUAUACUCCCUUGCGAACAAUUGACCGGUCAUUGUAAAUGUAAGGCACAUGUAACCGGUCGAAAUUGUGACAGAUGUGAGGACGGCUACUACAACAUCUUUAGCGGAGAGGGCUGCGCUCCUUGUAAUUGUGAUCCGGAAGGGUCGCACAAUCGAACUUGCGACGCGGUUACGGGUCAGUGUCAAUGUAAAGUCGGUGUCACAUCACAGCGGUGCGACGCCUGCCUUCCUUUCCAGUAUGGCUUUGGCAGGGAAGGAUGCAAGCGCUGCGAAUGUGAUAACAUUGGUUCGCAAGACCUUCAGUGCGGGCCGGAUGGCCAAUGCCCGUGUCUGCAAAAUGUGGAAGGUCGUCGCUGCGACCGGUGCAAAGAAAACAAAUUCGACAGACAGCGUGGCUGCGUAGAAUGUCCCCCGUGUUAUAAUCUGGUCCAGGACGCCGUAAGAAUUCACCGAGAACGUUUGAACAAUCUGGAAGAGACUUUGAAGAAGAUCAACAGCGCUCCUCCCGUCAUAAAAAAUGCCGACUUUGAAAAAGAAAUGCAAAACGUACAACAACGUGUCAAAAAUCUUUUACAAAGUGCCAAGAAAAGCUCCGGCAGUGAGAAGAAAACUCUCGUCGAACAGCUGGACGACCUACGCGAUAAGUUGAAUGAAAUCGAAAGAUUAUCUCGGGAAGUAGAUUCAACGGCUUCGGAUGCCAAUAAGACGACCGACGAGGGCCGUUUGAGUAUCGAAGAAGCUGAAACUGUGCUUGACAACAUUCACGAUCAGUUAAACAGAGCGGAAGCAUAUCUGGCAACGGAGGGUCGCACUGCGUUGAACGAAGCUAGAAACCGUGCCGAACAAGUUGGUCAACAGAACCAGCAGAUGACCGAAAUCGCACAAGACGCUCGUGUCCUGGCUGACAUCAAUACAAAUGAGGCGAAAAAAAUUCAUCAACUUGCUGAGACUGCCCGCAACACCACGCUAAAGGCUUACAAUCUAGCUAAACAAGCCAUUUACAAAAACGCCAACAUAAGUGACGAAAUCCAAGCCCUGGAGAUCGAACUUAAUCAGCUCGAAGACAGAUUUAGAGAAGUUAAAGAACUUGCAGCCAUCGCAGCCAACAAGUCAGCCGCUGUUCUCCAGGAAGCUCUAGUGAUUUCGAUCGUUAAUCUGGACAUUCCAUCCAUUGAUAUCGCCGAACUUCAGGCUCAAGCCGAGGACAUAAGCAACGAGGGAUUGAGUAUAAAAGAACAGGCGCAAUUGCUGCUCGCUAACAACGACGAGUUACUCAAAGAAAUGAACGAUAAGAUUUUGAGCAGCGAGAAAUUGUUGGACCGAGCCAGAGAGCAGCAGGCAGCCACCGGCGAACUCCUUAUGGAAGCGGACGCGGCUAACGUGAAGGUCGACGAUGCCGUAAAACGAGGAGAUCACACGCUCAAAGAAGCCCAAGAGACGUACAAAAAACUGAGCGAAUUCGAUGCCGAAGUACAGCGUGAACGACUCCUCGCUCAAGAAUCUCUGAGGGAUAUCGACGUGAUUAGAACCUUGAUCGAAGAAGCUGUCGAGAAAACUAGAAUAGCAGACGUAACUUUGAACGGUGCAGAAGCGAACGCGGGCAGAGCCAGGGACAUCGCUAAGGAGGCGCAGGAAAAUUAUGCGGACAAAGCGAGUCAGAAUGCGAACAAAAUCAGGAUGGAAGCGAACCGGACGAAAUCCCAGGCAUUCGGUUUGGGUCAAGAAGCUGAAAACCUGCGAAUCAGAGUCGGGUACACGGAGAGUCUGAUCAAUCAACAAGAACUUCAGGCAACUAAGGACGCCGAAGUUACCAGUGAAGCAAAACAUAAGGUCGGGCAAUCGAAGACUACCGUAAGUGUAGCUUCUCAAAAAGUUGAUAAGGCGUUGGCCGAAGUAGCGGACAUCAUGAAGGAACUCGAGGCUUUGCCGGAAAUAAACGAGGCCGAUCUGGACCGUUUGGAGGAAAGACUCCGCCAAGCCGAAGAGGAAAUAAAAGCCGCUAAUCUGGAUCAGAGAAUCCGUUCUUUGACGGAGGCAAAGAACCAUCAAAUUCAAUGGGUAAAAAAUUACGACGAAGAAGUUCAAAGGCUCAGAGGGGAAGUAGAGAAUAUUGAAGCCAUUAAAUUAGCCCUUCCAGAGGACUGCUAUAAACGAGUGCGUCUCGAACCAUAAACUCCCCGGCCAAUACUUGACAGUAAGUACGUAAGUUUUACAUCUCGUUUAUUUAAAUAAAAUAAGAGCUGAUGAGUCGUACGCUAUGUAACUUAAUAUAUAUAACUAAGAUUAACAAUGUUUCUCGAGUGAAGACGGGGGGAGAUAAAAGUGAAUGCGUGUAACAUUCAAAAGAAAAUACCAAAAAUUAACGAGGAAAAAAAAAAGAAAUAAAAAUUUUAAGCGGCGUGCCUUGACGGAUGGAUGGUAAUUGAUUGCGAAUAAUCCGAUGUUAUUGUCGAAGUUAAAACUCGGCGCAAAUUGAUUCGAACGAAAACCAAGUUUAUUAAUUUUUUCGAAACUUCCUCUAAAGAAAAAGGUUAAAAAAAAACUUGCAGUGGGAGAGAGAAACAAAAAGUUUACUUUAAUUACGACUAGAUUUUAUUGUUUAACGGAUAAGUUAAAAUAUACUUCCUUUUGUAUUUCCUUGGAGUCAAGCUACAUUUUUUCCUUUUUCUUCUCAUAUUUUCUAUUUUUUUAUAUUAAUUAUAAAAAUCCUUGCAAUCAUGAUUCAUACCAAAGAUUUAACUAAUAGACCGUUCCACACGAUUUGAAAUUUUCAAUUAAUGAGUGCUUACAGAAAAUUCUCGGAGCUCUGCUUUUCCCGAAACAUUUAUCUUCUGGAAAAUUAAUUGUAGUUGGUGAUUUUCGAUUUCUUUCAAGCUAACCAAGUGAGCAAUCGAAUCAAUUAUUAGUCAUAUAAAAAUUUAAAAGCCGAAAUACAUACCUGUCCGUAGCAGGUAAUGCUUUAGGGAUUUGCAACGCCACUGCUACUUAGCUAUUCAUAUUACUUAAUGUUAAUUUAAGACUUUUGACUUAUGUAAAAUAAUAUAAACAACAAAAAACACAAAAAGCAUUUAUAUAAAGUGAAUAGUUUAGUACAAAAAUGUAGCACUUAAAAAAUAAAAAUAAGCAAUUAUAAAAGCG